UGGCGUGGAAAACACACAAAAUGCGAGAAGACAGAGCGACAGCGUUCCUGAGGAGUGUGUGUCUGUGUGUGUGUGUGUAUAUAGAUGAGCACUGAAGUAGGUCACACAAACACACACACACACAUUUACAGGCGCGCACACACGGAGCGAGGCUCCAAACGCAGCAGCAGCAGCAGAAGAAGAAACGGCGACUGCAACGACGGCGCGAAGGAAAACAAAAACAGUAAACAUCCAACGGAAAGGUGGCGGUGGCGGUCAGAGGAUCUUCGUGGCUUCAGUUUUCAUUCAGGAAUAUCUCGACGGGUCUCUAUGGGACGGCAGCGGACCGGUGUGGCACCGGGCAGAAGUUUCGCUGAGCAGCGGCUGGUCCUCGAACAGUGAGCGCUGAGGAGGAGACGCGGGGGUCCGGAUGCAGGAGCAUGGUGGAGAGAGGCAGGGCACCAGCAGUGCCCAGGUGUGUGUGUCCGCAGCAGGGCGGAGCAACAGUGUGGGCGUGGCCCCAGUGGAGGACAUGCAGGCACUGUCCAUCACCGCUCUCUCAGCCUCCGAGGUGGAACAGCAGUAUGAGCUGAUUGGUCCAUUAGGGAAAGGCACAUAUGGCAGAGUGGACCUGGUAGCUCACCGCACGCAAGGCACAAAGCUGGCUCUAAAGUAUGUGAGCAAGAAUAAGACCAAGCUGCGAAGUUUUCUGCGUGAAUACAGUUUGACGGCUGCUCUGGGCUGUAGUCCAUUCAUCAUUAAAGUUCUAGACAUUCUGUUUGAGACAGAGGAGAGCUUUGUGUUUGGUCAGGAGUAUGCGCCGGCAGGUGACUUGUUCGACAUCAUACCUCCACAGGCUGGUCUGCCAGAGGACAUGGUGAAGCGUUGUGUGCAGCAGCUGGGCUUGGCUCUGGACUUCAUGCAUAGUAAGAGUUUGGUGCACCGGGACGUGAAGCCCGAGAACGUGCUCCUGUUCGAUCGUGAUUGCCGACGUGUCAAGCUGGCUGACUUCGGCAUGACACGGCGUGCAGGAAGCCGGGUCAAGCGAGUCAGUGGCACCAUUCCUUAUACAGCUGCUGAGGUGUGCCAGGUCACCGGCUCAGAAGGCAUCAUCGUGGCAACCACGCAGGAUGUGUGGGCGUUUGGCGUCUUGCUGUUCUGCAUGCUGACUGGGAACUUCCCCUGGGAGGCGGCGCUGCCCAGCGAUGCCUUCUAUGCGGAGUUUCAGCGCUGGCAGAGAGGGGCGUGUCCACCGGGCGCCGUGCCCUCACAGUGGCGCCGCUUCUCCGAUGACGCGCUGCGCAUGUUUAGCCGACUGCUGGCGCUGGAGCCUGACCGACGCUGCGGGGUCAAGGAGGUCUUUUACUUCCUCAAAUACGACCUGCUGACCCACCAUCGCCGCAGAGCCUCCUGUAGAGCCUCCAGGGGCGUGGCCACACGUAGCUCCGCCCACAGACAUGCAGAGCCUUCCCCCCCGCCUGGCACUUCCUGCCUUCGGCCUACCCCUCUCAAACGUAGCAUCCUGUCGGAGCCGCACUCCUCCAGGGAAGAGGCGUCGAAAAGCCCCUCGCCCAAUCGUCAGGACAAGAGUAAGAUGGUGAUGGCCACACCCAUAGAAAUUUGUGUAUGAAACUGCGCUCCUUCCACAUUCAGAAGAUGACGACUGUUUAGUGUGAAAGAAACAGUCGGCCCUCCUCUCCUUUCACUGAACUGCAAAGGGAUAUUCCCAACACUGAGGCGCAGAGCUGGAGCUGGAGCUGGAGCUGGAGCUGGAAUCAGACUCAUCCUUUAACGGUAGCAACAGCGCGGCUACACGUUAGAAGAUGGAUCUGAUCAGAACUGGUUUAAUCACAGUGCAAAAGUCUUAUGCUUCCUCUUAACAAGAGCUAACUAUAGUAAGAUAAGAAUUUUGAGAUCAUUUUGAAGUAGUGUUAUUAGUUAUUUAUCGGUCUCUCAAGCCUCAUUAGUUUUUAUCAGAGUGGUUCAAUGUGAAAUGAUUCAUGAUAGAGAAGCUCACUUACUGUUUUCUUUGCAGUGGUGGUGACAGGAACCAGGAUUUAUUUAACAAGCAUCUUAUUUACUUUAUUUACUGUGUACUACACAUUAUUUACUAACCCUAACUUAAUGACCAGUAAACCUUCAUGUGUUUUCUGCAUAUUUAUAUAUAAUGCUGACAGUAGUAAAAAAAAAGUGAUAAAUCUGAAAAGAGAGAAAAAAAAAACAGACUUUUAUGUGGGGAAUGGCCCUGCAUGUAACUCUUUCCAUAAAAGAAGUCUGAAAAAAUGUAUUUUUGGUCCAGAAUCUUAUUGCAAAACAUAAAAAGCAUGUUUUUAAUCAUUUCAUGUAAGAACUCUGUGCGAGAACUUGUAGAGAUACUUCAGAUACACUUCAAAACACGACGUCUGGUUCCUAUUAGCACCACAGUGAACAAUUCUGAUUAAGCACGUUGCUCUAGAACGGCACAUUUCACAUAAGACCACACUGAAAAACUUUGUUUACAUCAGAGCAAUUUAUGUAGAAAAUGUGAACAUUUGGUGGAAUUACCCUUUAAAUGAUUCUUUCUGGAACUUGGUAAGCAUCAAACUUUCUGCACGCGAAUGCUGUCUCUGAGGAGGCCCUCCCCCCUCAUGUGAGUCACUCAGCCAGCCUAUCAGAGGGCCAGUGAUCUCAGAAGUUUGACUGAUACAUGUUGGCACAAAUGGGACCACAAAGUGAGCUGUACAUUUUUUGUCCAAGUUCAGUGAGACUAACUAAACAUUGUUCAUGGCCACAUUGACAGAAGAGAAACACCACAGUCCAUUUGCAGGGACGCUACAUCUUCUGGACAUUACUUUCCUUCUCCAGGACUCAACAAAGUAUCUGUAGAUGACAGGGAUUCUUCUUAUGUAUGUGUGUGAGUGAGUGUAAGUGUGUACAGUUUGUUUGUAUUUAAUAGUUCUAUACAAGCACAAGCUUUCUAUAAAUCUUUUAGGGGUCUGUAAGGACUGCAGUUAAAAGGGAUUAUCAGAAUCCCUCUGGUGGAAAUGAGCCAACAACAGUACUCUGAAUUUGAGUUGAAGGCUAAGGCUCCCUGGAGCGUUGUCAGUAUAUUUUAUCAGGUAGUAACACUAUGUAGCUUUAUUUUUAAACCAGAAGAGAUAGACUUUAUUAAUCUGCACAGAAGUGAGCUGUCGUAGCCUGGACAUUAGUACACGUUUACAAAGCUUUGAAUGGUGGAGAACUGUUAAACUUUUAGCUUUUAGAAUUUUUUGGUGAAAAAAAGGAUUAAGGAUGUUCUUUCUGAUGUCUGAAGCACUGAAAACAAGAAGAGUAGGGCAUGGGGAUUCAAAUAAAUGUAGCAUGGGGCUGAAAAUGGAGCUGGUUAAAUAGCAAAGUUGGGCGUAGGGAAGGGAAUGCUUGCAAAAAAGGGAGCAAAAUGUGGGUACAGGGGUUGAGGGGGGGAUUGGGAUUUGAUGCUGUUGUGUUGUGUUGUAUUGUACAGCUCUCCAUUACAGUCUCCUUUAUACUAUGUAGCGGAGGGUAUCAACCAGACUAAUGGUUUGAUCUAGGUACAAUUUUUGGUUAUGAUCAGGGCUGGGUACCAAUAUUUAAUACUUUUAUUGUACCGACUGAGUUACUUUGGUCAUUCAAUACUGAAUGCCAGGUCUUAGAAUCUGUGAGCCAAUAAACAUACUUGUUUCAAAAUCUAGCCUGCUGAUUGGCUGUCUAAAUAUGCUAAUGUACCUUAAUAACAUCAACAUGUUGCAGCCAGUAAAUGCACUUAUUUCCACCACCUACUUUUCAUUUCUGGUUUAAGUGCCAUCCAGAAAUCUUUCAGGAAUAUGUAUUGAAAACAGAAUAUUGGUAUCAAUCUCAAAACCAGGUUUUAAUGAUACCCAGCCCUUGUCAUCAUAUUAAUUUGAAUAUAAUGUUAUGAAAGGGGGGCCUAGAGGAGGGCAAUAUGAUGGAAAUAUAAAAUCACGAUACUUGAAAGUAUUUUCACCGUUUGUUUCUUGAUAUGUCAUUUUUUUGCUCAUAAGAGAGCCGGCGCACUUAUCUCAUUGACAAGAAUGCUAUAAAAACUAUGAGUAUAACAAUGUUAUUAUGAGCCAUUAUGCUGUCACUGGCUUAUGGUAUUAUUGGGAUUUGAACUAGCGAUCUCAUGAUGGCUACACCAUGUUGAAGCCUAUAUUAAAAAAAUAUAUAAUUGACAUAAUUUUCCUUAUCUCAUUGUAUUAUAUACAUUAUAUUAUCUCAUAUACAUUAUCAAUCAGCCAAGAUGUGUUUGGAGUCCACAUUUAGCUUAUUUAUUUAUUUUUGUUCUGAAGCUACGGGGCUUAUGUUGCUAACAAACAUUCAAAGUGAAUAGUCACCUAAAUCUGUUCUGUUAGCACAUCCCCAAAACUUCUCUCAACCCACAUUCAGGUCUUCAGUAAGGGGCCACAAGCUAGUUAGUGUAGUUUAGGACACAAUGUGACUUGCUCUGAACUUUUGAAAUGAUCAAAACAUCACUGUGUAGCUGAAUACGACUAUUUUAGACAACAAUGAAUUCCGGCUCCCGAGCAGACUUCCCUUCGAGUGCACGCGUGUCACAGGUGGAUUACAUUCGCAGUUUCUGUUUAUAAAUAAGUAUAUCUUCAGUUCUUCAAGUAAAAAGGAACAGUGCUUUAAAAAUGUAAACAGCAGAAAUUGAGUUCAGGGUAAGUCUUAAACUUUACUGUGACUAAAGCACAUUGACAAGUCUGCAUGACUAUAGUGAAGACCUGUAUACAGUUUGCACAGGUGGAGGGAAGUUUAGGGGAUGUAUUUACAGAAAAGAUUUGGGUGACUAUUGACUUCUAGUGACUCGUAGCUCCAGUGCUAAACAAGAAAAAAGCAAAAGAAGCAAAAAUGGAAAAAACUGUUAAUCUGAUUUUACAAAUGUCCCUUUAAAUCUAAUUUUAGUGAAACAUGCAUUUGGUCAGUUUAGUUACAGUAUGUCCACAAUAUAUUCAGAAAAGCUUGUAUCACUAUUAUUUGUUGUGAUUACAAUAUCACAUUGUCGUAUCGUCUAAUCCUAGGGCGAACUGAUUAUAGGGCAACACUUUUACAAACAUCUGAGGCCUCAGGCAGUACUCCAGUCUGAAAAGCAUGGACUUCUUAUUUACUAAGCCAUCACCAGCGAAACAAAGCCGACAUUAGCUCCUGUUGCUAUAGUUAUACAGUUCUAAGCUUCGUGCUGGUUCACCACAUCCAGAAAAUCUGAAAAGCUCUCAGAAUAUACAGUAAUUGCCACCAGUUACAGCUCAGUGAAACAAAUGCUUGGGCAAUAUGCAAGUGUAAGGUUCUGAGUAAAAAUACAGUUGAAUGGCUUAACCCUUAAAGGUCUAGUUAUUCUUCUGCCAUAUCUUACUGUUUAAUUGUUAUUGCAUACAUACAUUAAUUACAAAAUUAGUUAAAGUAUAGCAUUAACAUUGAAUUUCAUUGUGUAGCAACAGGUUCAAAUCUUCAUUUACUCAUUUGUUUCAAAGUUUUAGCGGAUAUUUGAACCUCUUUCUCAUUUUUACAUGAGUUAGCUGUAAGCAAGCUGUGGUGUGCGUCACAUUUGACCUGCUAAUUAUGCUAUAGCUAGCUUAGCCAAUAAGCCACAGAACAGGUUCGAUUUCAGGUUUCAAGUCACUUGAUUUUUGCUCUCUCAGACAUGAGUUUUUAUCAUCUACGCUUGUUUCAGUACCUGUUAGAGUCAAACCUGUAGUGUGUCGCACUGUUUGGGUCUGAAGCCUGUUCACUUCCCUGCCUCAGAUUUGAAUUAUCGUCUAAACUUUAGUGCUUUAGUUAGCCUGAAUUGAUGAAGCAGAGCUCUCAUCAUGCUAGCUAAGCUAAUGCUAACCAGCUCCUCUCUCCUAGUUAGCAGCACUGUUUAACAUUUUGCCGUAGUUAGAUAGAUGGCUUUAUAUGUGCUGAAUGAUGAUUUGAAAAUUGUGUAUUUGUAAUUAUAUGUAAAUGAACUAAACUUUUUGGUUAUUUUUCAUUUUGAGAAAAUGCAGGUCACUAGGCAGAACCUUCACAUCACUUAUGAUGUUUUUACACCCCUUAUAACAUCCUCAUCCCCUGAUAUGAUAUUUGGAGAUGUACACACAAUGCAACAAUAACUUUAAUUAUCAUAAUAAAAUAUACCUUUUCUAUUCACAAACAAAUACACUGCGCUUACCACUGAAUGUCUGCUUGUUUCAGUGAGCUAUGACUGAGAUAUAAUUCAUCUUAAAUGACACGAUGCUUCUGUUAUUGUAAAUGAUAACUACGACUUCUAAGAGUCACUGACUUGGUUCUAGCUGUAGUUUGGCAGUGGCAUGUAUUCUCAUUUUAUAAAGAAAUGCAGUCGAAUUUGGUGGGUUUAAUUCACCUUAAGUGGCUGGAAGGCAUUCAGGUGACAGCACUACAGUGUAAUAUCUGUCCCAUCUUUAUUCUUGUUCUCAUUUAUUUUGAGAUUGUCCUGUUUUUGGUGGCACAUUGAGUUCAAGUGACAAAUCAAGCUUAAAUCUGCCCUAUUUAUAUCCUGCACAUAUAACAAGCAGAUAUAAGGCUAUGCUGCUUGUCAAAAGUUUGGGGACACCAUGUGUGAAAGUCUUAUUUAUUUAUUUUACAACAGCUGCUAAGAGUUACUUUGAGUAUAUUUUGCAUGUUCAUCAAAAUAUCUUCCUUGGAUUGAAGGUUUAUGAAGGUUUUGUCUAAACAAUGAUUUAAUAAUGAUUUGUCUAAAUGUUAAAAGCCCGUUGGCCCAAAGGUGGUUUAAACAUCUAAAAGAUUUACAUGCUCAUAUCACAACAAAGGAAUAAGGUGUGGAGUUUGGAAGUACUUUUAUCUGUUAUUCUUCGAGUUUUGUGGUGUUCCAAGGAAAAAUUAGAAAGAAAUCUGAACAGCUUUGUAUUCAUUAUGUAAACUUAAUGGAAACAGGCAAAGAAGGCUUUCUCAUUUAUUAAAGUCAACAUGAAUUAGAUAUUAUAACAGUUAGUUCCGAUGGCGCGGCCUAAUUGAUUGAGAAACAUUCUCUUCGUACUGUUAUAUGUUAACUGUAUCAUUCAGCUGAGCAUCAGUUGUUAAGCUCUACUUGACCACAUACAAAAACGGCAAACAAAUACAUUAAAAACUUCUAUAAUAUUUGAACUCCAUCCAAUUUGGUCAGAUUCUGAAGAAGAGUGUGACUCCAAGCACACAAUGAACUUGCCCCUGUGGUUGCCCCCGCGCAAGCUUUUUGACCAGUAGUUGUGACUGCAGAACAACUGAACAGUCUGGAAUUGGCCAGAAACAAAAUACAAUUCAGCAAAGAAGAUGGGCUGUGAAAUGCUUGUGAUAGUUUUAUGGCUUGCAAAAUGGUCGCUACUUUUUUGGUGGUAGAAAGUGUCAAAAUUAAAAACCAUUGAUAUAAUA